AUGCCUGCCCCUCGUUUCAUAUCUCCUCCUGCGACCCCACCUCCCAGCAAGGGUCCGUCGCUGGCGACUGGAAGAGUUAAUGGCCUUGAAGGUCAGCGCCUCAUCGGCACUACCCGGUUUGAACCUCGGAGCGACGUGAAAAACAUUCUGAUCACAGGAGGUGCAGGAUUUAUUGGAGGCUGGGUAACCCGACACUUGGCGGUGCAAUACCCCGAAUACAACAUUGUUUGCUUUGACAAGCUCGACGUUGUUGCCUCUCUCUCCAAUAUCAAAUGUUUGGAAUCUCUGCCAAACUUUCAGUUUGUGCAUGGGGACUUAAUGGAUCAGGCAGCCAUUGCCAACGUUCUUUCCGAGCAUGAUAUUGACUGUGUGAUGCACUUCGCUGCAUGCUCGCAUGUCCAGAACUCAUUCAAUGAUCCAUUAAAUUUCACCAUCAAUAAUGUUAUCGGUACUCAGCUGCUGCUCGAGGCUAUUCGUCAUCACAAAGGGCCCAGAAGGGUGCGCCGCUUCAUUCAUGUCAGCACUGAUGAAGUGUAUGGUGAUGUGAUGGAAUCGGCGUGUGACGAAACCAAGCAGUUCAUGCCCACCAAUCCCUACUCAGCCUCCAAGGCUGCUGCUGAGAUGUACGUUUGGUCAUAUGCCAAGUCUUUCGAUAUCCCGGCUCUUGUUGUUAGGAGCAACAACGUGUAUGGGCCUGGUCAAUAUCCCGAGAAAAUAAUACCUCGCUUUUGCACCCUUUUAAUGCAGCACAAGCCAUUAACAAUACAAGGUACCGGCAAGAACAUUCGCCGGUACCUUUAUGGAGCCGAUGCUGCUGAUGGCUUCGAUACUUUGCUGCACAAGGGUGUCAUUGGUGAAGCAUACAACAUUCAAUCUUCCCAAGCUAUCACCAAUCUCGAGGUCGCCGCUCGCACACUUGAGCUGUUCGGGUACAGUCCACGGGAUUUCAACCGUUGUCUCACUCAGAUUCCUGACCGGCCCUUCAACGAUCAUGACUACUGGGUCGACGGUUCCAAAUUGGCUGCAUUAGGAUGGCACCAGCGUGUGUCCUUCUCUGAGGGACUGGAGGCCUCGGUCAACUGGUACCGCGAGAACCUAGAUUCUUGGUGGCCCGAGGCCUCGAAGACCAUCAAUGUCGCGUCGACGGCGACCCCUGAAAGCCACCCCAAUGGUGCACAAUCCAAUGGGAGCCGAGCCGAGGAUGCAAGUUGA